AUGAUAAAAAUUUUAUAUUACACUAUUCAUAACUACUAUAAAUCCACUGCUUGUAUUCUAAUGAGAGUUACAAAAGCUUUUGGACUCAUCUUGCUCAUACUUGCAACUUCAUGUAUGGCUAUUGAAAUUGGAGCUAAUGUUGACUCUGUGAGAAUUCUCUCAGUUUCCACUUAAAUUGAUGCAGAAAAUUUUUAAAGACUAGGCUCAAUUAAUGGUGGUACUAGACUUUACAUAAAAAUUGUUGGCCAUGAUUCACAUAACGCAGCUAAUAAUUCCAUCUUCGUUGGACCAUAUCCUUGUGUUGUACCAGAAAUGGGUGUCAACGAAGUUUUUAUCACUUGUAUUACAACUCCUGCCUAUGAUAGUACUAAACAAUUGAGUCUUCCUGUUGUAGUUAAGGUAUUGAAUAGAAGUGAUUCACAAUGUGCAUAAAGCGAUGCUUCUCUAUGUACUUUUUCUUAUUCAGGAUCUAAGACACCUAUUGUUGAUUUAAUCAUACCUCGUUCUAUUCUCCCUAAAGUUGAUGUUAAUUGGUGGGGUAAUUUUAAAAUUGCAAACACAAAUUAAAUAGAUAAAAUGCUUAUUGGAAGCUUACUUUGUGAUAGAUUUAAUUUGGGUCUCAAUGAAGAUGAACCUUAUAGUGGAGAUUCAUACAGCUCAUUGACAUGCUAAAUAGAUUACUCUCACCCAGCUGGAUUCUAUGGAACUACAUUUAUUUCAAAGCCUGGAAAAGCCUUCAAUAGAAGUAGAUUAACAACAGUGCGUUCUACUAAAAUUCCAACUAAUCCUAAUCCUUAUGACGUAUAAAUUGUUUCUUAAUAAAAUGGUAAGAGAGAUCCUUAAUCAAUUACUUCUUAAGGUGGUAUUAUAACUAUAAAUGCCUCCGGUCUCCCAUUAGAAGGAUCUAACGUCUCUGUAACUUGGAACAAUUCUGUAUGCUAAAUUUAAAGCAUUUAAAAUUCUUAAUUGACUUGUAAGUUACCUCCAGGUCUCUCAAACCCCACUGUUGAUAAUACACUCCGCUAUGAAUCUGGUUCUGGUGUCCGUCUCUAAAUUUAUAACACUGAUAGUUGGGAUAUUAAUGUUUUAAUUAAUCAACUGAAAACUAAUCCUUCCUCGCUUAACUUAGCUCAAGAUUUAAUAAUUCCUACUACAGAAUAUAAUUAACAAUCAGACUAAGAUGAUCAAAGUAGAUAAUUCUUUGUUUUUACUGGCUACUUUAACCCCCCUAGAGAUGGAAAUUACUAAUUCUAAUAAUCAUCAUCAUACACAUCUUACUUCUAUCUUUAAUUAAGCGGUGACAGCACUGAUGAAAAAACAAUGACUUUAGUAACCUAAAUAAAGUAAUAUACAUCAAUUAGAUCACCUUACUCUGGAAGAUACGAUUCCUAACAAUCUACUUCAGACAAUCUUACUAUCCCUUUAAAAUAAGGAUAAGCCUACUAUUUCAAAAUAUAUGCAUUAUCUAGUAAUCCUAAAAGUUUCCAUCAUAGCACUGGAGUAAGAAUACCUACACCUAAAGGAGAUAAUAAUUCUUAUAUCAACUCAGUCAGUUAAGUUUCAAGAAUAAGGAUUGAUUACUAAUAUACUAAAGAAGUUGUUACCAUCACUUUCAAAGAUAGAAGUAUCGCUAAAAAGACUUAUUUCAGCAUAAACUUUAUCGAUCCUUUCGGUGCUCAAUUGAAAAGUAAGGCCAAGUCAUGGGUUGUUACUAAUGAAUAGUAUGGAAGAGAUACUACUUGUAAUUAGAUAUAAUGGCAUUUUUCAAAUUAUAACGCAGUCAGAACUACAUGCGUCUAAAAGGACAUACUUGAUGGCAGCAAAAACAAGAUUGGUUCUAUUUGGGAACUUACUUUUAUAGAACACCGUAAUUAAGUCUAACCUACUUUCAAAUUUGAUCCUUCAACUACAGAUUCUCCUGUAUUUACUGUUAUUACCUCACCUGGAGGUAGCUUAUCAGGUACUUUCAGAAUUAAGGUGAAUGGUAAUUAUCUUUAAGUAAACAAAAGCCCUGAUAUUCCUUUUGACAUACAAGAUUGGGACUUAAACUAUGCUUUCUAAUAAGCUCUCAAUACUACAAAUAUUGAUUCCUCUCGUACAGGUAAUUUUGCUGAUGGCGCUUAGUGGGUAUUAGAUUUUUAUGGAAUCUAAACUCCAAUAUUGAUUGAACCCAUCCAAGCUGAAUCUAAGUUUGGUGGUGAAAUUGGAAAGGCAACUCUUUAUGUAGAUACUCUUAGAUAAGCAUCUAACUCUAUUUUAUAUUAUCCUGCAAUUGAAAAUGAAUUGCUAACAUAACGUUCCACUUAGCCUUAUGCUGCUCUUAAGAUUAAUGAUGUCUUAACUCUUGCUUCUUUGACUAACUAGCAACUUAUUGUUAAUGUUUUGGCUGAUGACAAAGCUAUUAGCUUUACAGGUUUUACUGAUGAUUAGACUUCAACCCUUCAAAUAACUGGAAUUUCUGCACCUUUCACUCCUUAAAUAUCAAAUUUUGUAGUAACAUACAAUGGAGUUUAAUGUGCCAUCACUAAUAAAUCUACUGAUGUUUGGGCAAAUUAGUUGACAUGCAAAUAUCCUUAUAAAGUAGCUGGUUCUUACAAACCAGAAGUUUUCUAUCAAUCAAAUGGUUUUGCUCUCUCUACUUCAGUUAGUCCUCAAUAAACUACUCCAAUUAUAGAAUCAUUAAGUUCAGACACCGUUUAUAGUUUUGGUGGAGCUGAUGUAACUAUUGCAGGUAAUUUCUUCCCUACUUCCCUAACUUCUGAUUUAUUGGUUACAGUUGAUUCAAAACCUGCUACAAUAUUAUCAGUUAACAAUAAAUAAAUUGUUAUUCGUACUCCAGGCAAACUUACUCCUGGCACAGUUAAUGUUGUUGUAACUUAUUAAAAAAUAUAAUCAACUCCAAAAACUAUAAAAGUAGAUGACUCAAAUGCAAUAACAAUAACUAAUAUUGACAAGACUGUUGUUUCUCCUGUAGAUAAGACUUUAAUUACUGUAACUGGUACUAAUUUUGGUACUGACAAGACUAAAUUAGUAGCUUUCUUAGAUUAAUUUGAUGAUUCAGGAGUAUUAUUAGUUUAUGCAAAAUAUCAAGUAAAUAUUGUAAGUGUAGAAAACACUAAAGUGUAAAUCCUUCUUGGAGGUGGUAUACCCGGUAACUACUAACUUAGAGUUGUAUAAGUAGGCAUUGGUAGCAAUAAUCCUACUGGAGCUAAUAAUAAAUUAGAAUAUAACAUUAUCAUAAGCUCUUUCAGUAUCAAUAAAGUAUCUGCUUUUGGAGGUGCUCAAUUAGUAAUAAAAGGUACUAAUUUCUCAACAAAUAAACCAGAUAAUUAAGUACUAAUUAACUAUGGAGCUGGAAAUGACUCAGAGUUUUGUCUCAUUACAGAUGCUACUCCAAAUCAAAUAACAUGCACUCUUCCAAAUAUGUUCCCUCAUUUCCCUAAUGGAAGCACUUCAUCUACUUUCUAAGUUUAAGUUUGGGGUAAGUUACUGGCAUAGGCUAAAGUAGAUAAAAACACACCAUUUAAACCGGAAUUACUUUUUGAUACUUCUUUAGGUAUAGCUGUAACAAGUAUAGACAACAAUAAUCAAGGUUAUAAUUCUUAAUAUACUAUCUCAGGUACAAAUAUCCCUACUAUGCCAAAUGCCUUUUAGAUAGUAUUUAUAGGAUAUGAAAGUACCUCAGUAACAAUAAAUUCUGUUACAUCAACCGCAGUUACUUAUACAACUCCUAACUUGCCUUUUGGUACUUACAGUGUUGUCCUUCGUCAAUCUACAGGUGAUAGUUCACCUUUUACUGUUAAUAUUUAUGAAAAAACUUACAGUUUGAGCCCUGCCUCACUAUAUACUGUUUCUAGUGCAGGUGCUGAAAUCUCGCUUACAAUGUCAGGUAACCUUCCUGAUUAAGACCCAGCUUUUAAAUUUAAUGGAAUAAAAGCUGAAGUUAUUUCUAACAAUAUCCCUGCUGGCUAAGUUACUAUUAGGCUUCCUCCAACUAAAGUUGGUAGUGGAUAUAACUUAUUUUCAGUUAGAAGCCCCCUUAUCCCUCUUUAAAAAGAUGGUUCCCUUCCUUGGAUUUAACAUGAAAAUACUUUCUAAGUUGUUUCUGCAUAAUGGGCAGUAACAAGUAUUACUGUUUCAGGAACUGAUAUCACAAUUUAAGGUACUGGAAUAUCUUCUUUGCAAAAAGCUUAUUUAUCAUAUCCUUAAAAUACUAAAAGCUAAAUUCUUUCAACUAACAUUAGCUCUAAGACGUCAACAAGCGCUACAAUUUCAUUUAGUAUUGCCCCUGCAGGUACAUAUAAUCUCUACUUAUUAGAUGCAUCUAAUAAUUAUCCAACUAUCUCAAAUAAUCAAGUUGUAAUCAAAUUGCCAAAUCUAACUUCCACUUAAGUUACCUCUUCUUAUGCAGGUGGUUAAUCUUUAACUAUUUAAGGAUCUGGAUUUAAUACUAAUGAUUUGGCAUAAAACAUUGUGACAAUUUGUGGAAAUUAAGCAAAUGUUGUUAGCGCUACUUCCACAACACUCAUAGUCACCACACCUGCUGCUUUCACUACUUCUUCAAGACAAGAUUAUAAAUUUGUAGCUGAUAAUAAUACACCAUUAAAUGGUUUCACUACUUUUGGUGAUGAUCCUGUAGGCAAUGCUUAAUACCUAAAUGAUGGAGACCUCCUCUUUUAUUAUUCAAGUUCAAAUUCUGCUUCUUGCUUUGCUGGAUUUGAUUUUGGUAGUACAUAAGUAGUAUUAACUAAAUUCUAAUUAUAUCCUAAAUCUCAAGGUGUUAUAGAUGCAUCUGCAUUCUUUGGUGUUAUAUUUUAAGGAAGUACAGAUGGCUCUAACUGGAAAGAUCUACUUACUAUUGGAACAGAUUUCCAUCUUGGUAAAAAUAUGUACUUAGUUGAUAAUUUAAUUUCAACUACUACAGAUAGCACAUUACAAAACAAUUUGAAAGCAGCCUAUAAUAAAUUUAGAAUUUAUGAUGCAUCAGGUUUAUCUAAAUGUUAACUAGUUGAAAUUGAGCUUUUCGGUUGGAAGCAAGCUGCUAUUACUGAAGUGGGAAAUACUUUAACUUGUCCUGUAUCUAUUUCUGUUAAUAAUUCCCCUUCAGUUUCUGCUAGCUCUAAUGUUGUAUAUGACAAAGAUAAAACAUUUUUAAUUAAUUCUGUAACACCAAAUUAUGGCGAUGUAAGUGGAGGAAAAUAGAUCACUAUUAAUUUAGAUAGAAGUCCUUCUCCAUCUGCAACUAUUAAAGUCUUAAUUGAUGGUAUCGAAUGUGGAACUGUUAGUUUAUCAUCUAGUACUAUUACUUGUACUACAGGAAAAAAAACUAAUACUGCUGAAAGCUCUUUAGUUGUAACCAUUGAUUCCUACUCUGCUGUUAAUAAUGGAAUUUAUUAUUACUAUGGUAAUCUUUGGUCUAAUCCAGUUACUUGGGGUAAUGAUUUUGCUCCUAUUGAUGGCGAUUUAGUAUAUGUUACAAAAGGUAGAAAUCUUAUUGUUGAUGUUCCAUAUGUAGGUGUUCUCAAUACUGUUGUAGUUGAUAAUGCAUCUCUUAUCUUUGCAAAUGACAAAAACAUUCAUUUUGAAGCUCAUAAUAUAUUAGUAUAAUAAGGUAGAGUCAUUAUUGGUACUUAAGCUUCUCCUGUAACUGGUAAUAUUAGAAUUACUAUGCAUGGUACUUAAGAUGAAAAAUAAUUCCCUACUGUUGGUAAUAAAGGUCUCUCUUUAUAUAAUGGUAGCUUGGAUAUUUAAGGUGCCUUGCGCCCAGUCACCUGGACUGAACUUUCAUAGACUGCUAAAAUAGGAGACACUAGCAUUUAAGUUUUCAUUAAAGAUCCUGGCUUUGAUUGGAAAAUUGGAGAAGAAAUUGUUAUAGCAUCAACUGAUUUUGCUCAUAGCCAUGCUGAACGUCGUGUUAUAACAAAUGUUUAAAAGAGUGGUGAUGGAAAAUAUGUUACCAUCUCAUUCUUAGAUCCUCUUCUUUCAUAGCACAUCAGCAUUACUGGAGAGUCCUAUCAAGGAGGUAGAAAAUUAGUAAAUAUGAGAGCUGAAGUUGGUCUUCUUACUCGUAAUGUUGUUUAUGAAGGUGAUGAUUCAUCUAUUUAGACAUAGUAUGGUGCUCACUUAAUGCUUCAUGGUUCUAAGGCAAGUGCCCGUAUUAGACACACUGAAUUCAGACAUACAGGUUAGCCAGCUAUUAUUGGUAGAUAUCCAAUUCACUUCCACAUGGUUGGUGAUGUUUCAGGUUCUAUUGUCGAAGGUAAUGCAGUUCACGACUCAUUUGCAAGAGUUCUUACAAUUCAUGCCACACACUAUCUUCAUGUUAAGAAUAAUGUCGGAUACAAUUGUGCUGGACAUAAUAUUUUCUUAGAAGAUGGUAUUGAAACUAAUAAUGUAAUUGAAGAAAAUCUUAUUAUUGGUACAAGAUAAGUAUGGUCAAUGCUCUAAUCAGAUAUCACUGCUGCUUCUUAUUGGAUUACCAAUCCUCUCAAUACAGUUGUUAAUAACAGAGCUGCAGGAGGUGAUUUCUAUGGUUUCUGGUAUGAAAUUAAAGAACACCCUGAUGGCCCAUCUGCUAGAAAUGAUAUUUGCCCUCAAGGUAUGGCUCUUGGUAAGUUCGAUGGUAAUGUUGCUCACUCCUAUGAUCGUUUUGGUUUGAGAAUAUUUGUUUUGACUAAUCUUAAAAAUCCAUGCUCUCCAUAUAGAGAUGAUUCAAAACCUAAUCCAUUCGUUGAUAACCCUUCAUUCACUAUCACAUGGAAAAAUUUUGUUUCAUACAGAAAUCAUGAAGACGGUGUCUUAGCUGAAGAAGUAGGAAAUAUGAUCUUUGAUAAUUUCUCUUUACUGGAUAAUAAAUAAUCUGGCUUCAAUGUUUAUCUUACUAAUAGAACAGAUGAGGAAGUAAUUUUAAGAAACUCCUUAAUUGUAGGAAAAUCACUUGGUAAUCCUGCUGAUGAUUCUGACCUUGAAAAUACUCGUGGUUUAAUUACUCCUCGUACAGAUGGCUUUAGAGUUGAAAGUACACACUUUGCUAACUUUGAUAAAAAAAUGACUGUUUUCUAAUCUUGUUCAUUCUGCUGGAACUUCAAGAAAUGGGUAUAAGGUGGUAAACUUACCAAAUUUAUUGAUAUAUCUUAUGCUAAUAUUAACUCUAAUAAAAUCUUUUGGGAAAAUUGGCGCAGAGAAAUCUAUUAAGAUCUUGAUGGCAGUUUAUCAGGAAGAGGAAAACCUUCAUGGAUUACACCUUCAGGUCCCCAUCUCAAAUCUUAAAUUGCAUGUGCUACUACAAGUGAUGAGAAUAACUAAUGGGAUGAUGGUGUUAUUUGUACCUAAUAAGUAGUAAGAAUAGAAUUUUCAAACCCUGAAAAAUUAGAUGAUCUUUUAACUAAAUCUCUUUAUGUUAAACCAUGCGACUCAAACGGAAAUCCUUUGGGUGGAAAUACAGAUGCUGAUUACUAUAUAUCUAAGACUGUAAAUAUUAAAAAUCAUGCUAAUGAUCUGUCACAUGGUUUUGUUGGUACUUUCCUUACAGGUCAAAUCUUUUCAGUUUAAUGGGAAUUAUCAUAGAUAGAUUUUACUCAUUUCUCUGUUUAACUUUCUCCAUACCACACAGGCACAGGAGCAUCUGAUACAGUUUUAUUAAGAUUCCCUUACUCAGAUUUUAGAGAAACGUGGGAAAUAUUCUCAAUGGUUGCUAAUAAGAAUGGUUCUCCUUACAAAAAUAUUACAAAUGAUUAAAAUACUGCUAAAUUAGAUACUCUUAAGAAAUUAAACUGUUAGCAUGGAGAUUGGUACAACGAUGUUACUGGUAAAGCUAUGUACCUCUGUUUAAAUGGUAAUGGUAGAACUAAAGCUACUACAAAUUAAUACUUAGAACGUACAGAUGUUAAUGCACUUAAGUGUAAGGUUGGAUGUCCUUUACCUCCUGGAUAAUGCAUAAAAGAUGGUUAACCUAGAAAAAUUAGUGAUGUUAAAUCUUGGUAAGGCAUAAAGGUGGAUGGUAUUAAUGGUGAUAUUGUUAAUGCAGUAGGAGCAACAACUUUAGUUAUUCCUUGCCCUUGGGAAAUUUUAGUUGAUUAAGAUUUGACUCAAUUCAGCUAAAUUAUUGUUUAAGGUAAUUUGCGUAUUGAUUAUACUUAAAAUAUUAAUAUAUCUGCUGAUGCAAUAUGGUUAAAGGGUGGUCUUUUUAUUGCAGAAGGUGCCACUGCUGGAAGUCCUUACACUAAAAAAUUGACAAUAAAACUUACAGGGAAUAGAGAUUAAUAGACUCAAUUCAUUGUUGAUAACACAAUCGAAGUUGGUAAUAAGGUCAUUCUUAAUACUGGUAACUUUACUUUGCUUGGUAAUCCUCCCGCUUCUACAGUAGCUCGUUUAACUAAUCCUCUUAACCCAGGUUCUACCACAAUUAAUGUUUCAGAUACUACUGGUUGGUAAGUUGGUGAUAAAAUUGCUAUAGCUCCUACUUAAUUGGAUGGUACUUAGAAUGAAGAGUUUACUAUUACUGCUGUUUCUGGUAACACAGUAACUUUGAGUGCUCCUUCAAAGUACUAUCACUAUGGUGCAAGUGGUGUAACUCUUUCUGAAACAUGGGGCUCUUAUACUUAAUAAUUAGAUCUCCGUGCUCAAGUUGUUUACUUAUCUCGUAACAUUAGAAUUAUAGGUUCUACUCCUACUUAAGGAAUAGCAUGGGGAUGUCGAGUUCUCAAUUUUUAUUGGUAGAUUGUUGCAGACAAAAAUGGUAACGCACUUCCAGAUGAUUAAUAACUUCAUAUGAGAGGUAUCUUAAAUUGGAAUGGUGUAGAAAUGGAUAACUGUGGUCAAGCUGAUUCAGUUCGAGGUGGUCUUGAUUUCUAAAAAUUAGGUUCUGAUGAUAAAAAUUAAAUUGUGAGCAAAGUAAAUAAUUCUGCUAUUCACAAUUGUCCUGGCUAUUGUGUUAAUAUUGAAGAAUCUUCAUAUGUUCAAAUUAUAAAUACAAGUUUAUAUAAUGGCCGUCCCAUUUUAAUGAGAAUUAAGAAUGUUAAUAAUAUAGCUGUUUCUAAUAAUAGUUUUGUUGCUGCACGUAAACGUGACUAUCCUUAUGAUGUUAUAGGAAUGUUAUAUGAUAUGAAUACUGCGAUCUACUUCUUAUCUCCAUAAGAUCCAAUAGUUGAUAAUAUUUUAAUUAACAAUAACCAGAUUUAAGGUUCUGAAGGUCCUUGUGCUGUUUUACCUCAUACUAGCUGUGAUAAUGCUGGUAAAAUUACAACAAGGGUAGGUGUCUAUGGAAACUAAGUAUAAACAUGUUUAGUGGGUGCCAUGUUCAAAAGAAAUAAUUUAGGUUGCUAAUGGGCUGGUAAAAUAGCAGUUGCUCGUUCAACAAAAGGUGUAUUGGUUAAUCCAGAAAAUCCUGGAAUUGUCAUUGAACAUGUUCUUGGUGUUGAAUCGGAUCGUUCUGUAAUUUUACGUUUUGCUAAUGAAGGUUAACAUAAUGUAGGCCAAUUUAAAAACUCAGCAUUAUAUGGUGUGGCUAUUACUAAUGAUCCAACUGCAUAUGAUAGUAAAGAAAAAGCUUAAGUAUGCUCAAAUGGCACUGGUGCUCAAAAUUUGGUUGUUACUAAGGGUGGUGAAGAUUUCCCUCUCAAGAUUAUGCCUCUUGCGUUUGAUGUUAUUUGUAAUUCAGAAGUUUUUGAUGCCUCCUUGUACCAAACAAAUGUUAAAUAUGUCAACUUUAAGAAGACAUAUACUGAUGCUAACUUAUCAAAUUGUAGUAAUAACUUUAUGAUGGCUACUCAUCCAGGUGCCUCCGAUGCUACUGCUGGUACUUAUAAUACUAAUGUCUCUUGCGUUAAUUGUGAUACAGAAGCUUACUUUAAUUUCUUGUCUCCUAAUCCUGCUUGGAAUGGUUGGUUUGGUGGUUGUGGUCUUUUCUUGUGUACUGGACCUGAAAAUGUUCUUAAUGUUGAUUUUACUGGAAGCUUAUUCAAGGGUAUUCCUUCUACAGCUAUUUCCCAUAAUGAUGGAAUAACAACAAAUAAGUGUCAACUCUAGAAAAAUUGGAAUAAUGCUUAUUCUUGCUCAGGUACAGAAUAUGUCUAAUUAGAAUGGGAAUCAUAAGCUCCAGAUCACAAUAAAAGAUCUACUGCUCCUGUUUAUGUAACUUCUCUUGAUGGCACUUACAAGAAUAAGAUUAAUUUGUUUAGAGAAUGGACAUGGGAUGGUAACGAGCCUAUGAAUUUGAGAGAUAAUAGAUAUCUUGCAACAGCUCUUGUUGGUACUAUAUAUAAGGUUGAGUAUAACGGACUUAAUCCUUAUAAUAUCUUCCACAGAAUUUAAUAAAGAACAAAUGACAAUAUAGGUGAAGCUGAUAAAUGGGUAAUUUUUACAUACACAUACCAAGUUCCUAUGAACAUCGAAGUUUCUAUAGAUGGUGGAAAGGUAGUUGAUCCUUACUUAGUAUCUGACAAUGUUGACCUCUCCAAAAAGGCUGAUAUAUGUGGUGCUAAUAUUUAUGACUGGUAAACUCAUACUGUAUAAUUUGUAAUCAAUGGUAGAGCUGAUUGUCUUGUACGUGUCUAAGUAUUAGAUACUGUUCGUAUUCGUGUUAAGGUAGUCUUAAAAGUUGAAGAAUUCUUCUCUGAAACUAAUAAGGCUAGCUUUAUUUCUAAGGUUGCGGCCUUUUUAGGAAUAGCUGAUUACUCGCGAAUCAAAGUUGUUGGUGCUAAUACUUAACAAAAUAGAUUCCUUUAAGGUUCUAACCCAGCUAAUACACAAUCCUCAUUUGAAAUAAUACUUGAUAUUACAAAUAAACCUACUGAUUCAGUUUCUAAGGAUGCUGCAACUGUCUUUAAGGACCUUAAUGAUAGGGCUAAUAAGCUUAAGGCAGCUUUGGAUUCUAAUUCAGUUCCUGGACUUAAUCCAAACACCUAUUAUGUAACAGCUUCAGAAGUUAUGGUAUCCACAGAUUCAAAUGGAGGUAUUUAUGGAAAAAAUAGUAACCCAGACUAAGCAAUUGUCUAAUAAUCUUCUUCUUCUAGUUCAAAUAACACUCUUGCUAUUAUUCUUGGAGUUAUUAUUGGUCUAGUUGUUGUAGCUAUAACAGUUGUUGGCUUCUUUGCUUAUAAGAGAUACCAAAAAAGAAAGGCUUUAUCAGUACAAAGCGCUGAAAUUGAUCACUCUGUAGAUCAAGCUGCUCCACAAAGAGAGACUGCAAAGGUUCAUCCUGCAGCUUUGGACCCUUCUCAUGAUUAAUUACAAGACAAGGUUAAUAAUUCAGCAGCUCCUUUCUAAUCAUGA